AUGGAGAGUCCAGUCUCUAACCAUCCAGACGGGGCAAUGAAGCAGUACAGCGUAACUGAAGGGGACGCCAUGUCAAAAGAUGGUCUUGACUCCACUGAAGAGGGACCGAGGCAGUUUGAUCCCCAACUGCAUGAACGAGUGUUGAGGAAACUCGAUUACUUUUUGAUGCCAAUGAUGGUAGUUGGCUAUGGACUGGUGUACUACGACAAAGCAAUCCUUGGAAGUGCUGCCAUACUCGGUAUGACUACAGACCUUCAGCUCUCUGUGACUGAUCACUCGGUCACCCCAGUUACAACCGACACCUCAAGACUGAGCUGGGCAACAUCGAUCUUCUAUUUUGGCCAGUUAUUUGGCUCCUACCCGAUGACAUUCAUCUUGCAUCGUUUCCAGACCCGAUAUGUCCUAGGUCCUACGAUGAUCCUCUGGGCGAUAGUAUGCGCUUCCACUGCAGGAGUAACUACCUGGCAAGGCCUUUUUGUGCAACGCUUCUUCUUGGGUUUCACGGAGUCGAUAAUUCCCACAUGCUUCAUGGUCACUGUUAGUGGGUUCUAUACUCAAUCCGAGCAAACCCUACGCCAAAGCUGGUGGUUCUCCGGCACAGGAUGGCUGACAAUCAUCGGCGGCGCCUUCAACUACGGGUUUGCCCAGAUUGAGAAGAGCGCGCUGAGGCCGUGGCAGUAUAUAUACCUAUUUGCUGGAGCUCUAACAUUUCUAGUCGGCAUUGCUUGUUUCUUCCUCCCGUCCUCACCUUCUGAAGCAUGGUUUCUUACCCCGGAAGAGCGAACUAUAGCGCUGGAGCGACUGCGAGAGGGCCAAACCGGGGUGAAAAAUCCGACUUUGAAAAAGUCCCAAGUAAAAGAGGCAGCUCUGGAUGUGAAGGUGUGGCUGGUUGCUGUGAUCAUGGCCUCGGCAUAUACCGUAAAUGGCGCAGUCUCUGGCUUCGGUCCUCUCAUCGUGGCAACCUUCGGUUACACCUCCCUCGAGGCCAUUCUCUUCCAGUUCCCUCUUGGUAGCAUCUCCAGCAUAGGCAUCAUCCUCAUCGGCUGGCUAUGCAGUCGGUAUCGCAACAUACGCAUUCUAAGCUUAUUCCUUUGCUGCCUUCCAGUAAUAGCUGGAUUCGCCAUGAUGUGGAAAUCGACCUGGGGAGUGAGACCCAUCACACCAGUGGUAGGAUACCAAUUGAUUGGUUUCUUUGGCCCGGUUGUCAGCCUUGCUAUCUCGCUAGGGGCUAGUAACGUUGCAGGCCAUACGAAAAAAAGCUUCAUGGCAUCGGCCAUCUUUGUUGCCUACUGUGUGGGCAACAUCAUUGGUCCGCAGUUGAUUAAAAGCCAAACGAAGAGUCAGCAUUAUCCGGAGUUGUGGACGGGGUUGAUUAUUUGCUACUGCAUUACCAUCCUCUGCUGUCUUGUACUUUAUAUACUCCUCUCGAGAGAGACGAGCCGACGAGCCGCGCUGGACUUGGAUGAAUCCGAGCAGGACAGAAUCGCGUUUGAUGAUUUGACUGAUAAGGAAAAUUUGCAUUUUCGGUACGUGUAUUGA